CGGACAAUUUCCACCCUACCGACUUGAGGCCUACGCUCGGAUUUAUAAAAAAUUAUGGAAGAUCAAUUAUGAAAGAAAAUAAUAAGUGAUGCCGAGCCUCAAUAAUGACUUUAACGAGUGAUUAUUUUUUAUGAGAAAACGGCUAUCUAUCUAACGUUUAUUCGUGCAGUUUGUUGAGUCGAGGGCCGGGUAACUUGUAUGUUUUUAUUGUACGCGGCGAUGACACUUUGACACAAUGAAGUGUAAAUUUCAAGAAGGUGAAAAAGUGCUGUGUUUUCAUGGUCCUCUUAUCUACGAAGCUAAAUGCUUGAAAUCUUCAAUAACUAAAGAAAAACAUAUUAAAUAUCUCAUUCAUUAUGCUGGCUGGAACAAAAAUUGGGACGAAUGGGUGCCCGAAAGUCGUGUCCUCAAAUACAAUGAGAGCAAUGUUCAGAAGCAAAAAGAUGUUCAGCGGGCUCACGCUGCCCAGCAAUCAACACAGAAAGGGAAGAAAGCAAGCGGCGGUGGAUUAGCGAAAGGAAGUUUCGGUAGAAAAAGUGAAAAUGGCAAGGAGAAAGAGAGCGACAGCAGAUCCAGUACUCCAACUCUUAACUGUGACAAACCAGUUGGACGUGGUGCCAAAAAUGGCGGUGGUUCGGUAACCCCUUCCUCGAUGCACGACUCUUCCUCGGAUGUGCCAAGAAAAAAAAGAAGUCGUCUGGACCCAUCGGUUGAAACGGAGGAGCAAUUCCUUGCAAAAGUUGAAGUCAAAGUAAAGAUGCCGGACGAAUUGAAACCUUGGCUGGUAGAUGACUGGGAUGCUAUCAGCCGUCAAAGAAAACUCGUCAUUUUACCUGCUCGACACACAGUUGAUCGGAUAUUGGAAGAUUAUGUCAAGUUCAAAACAUCCAGUAAAACCAACAAUCCCAACAAAGAAAGCGCGGUGCUGGAGGUGACCAAGGGCCUACGGGAAUACUUCAAUGUGAUGCUGGGAACGCAGCUUUUGUAUAGAUGGGAACGGCAACAGUACGGUGAAAUAAUGAGUGAAAAUUCAAACAUGAUCCCAAGUCAGAUUUACGGAGCCACUCACUUACUUAGAUUAUUCGUCAAACUGGGUAGUAUGCUGUCGUAUACACCUCUGGACGAGAGAAGUAUACAAUUGCUUCUUGCUCACAUACACGACUUUCUCAGGUAUCUUCACAAAAAUAGUAGUAAUCUUUUUAGUCUUCAAGAUUACGGAGCUGCUUCGCCAGAGUAUCAUCGAAAAUGUGGAUAAUUUCUUUCCCCAAUUAAUCAGUACCAACGUUUUCCUACAUUCAAUAAAAUUUCACGAUUCAAGCAGCAAAAUAAAAACUGCCUCAGUUAAAACAA